UAUCUGAUCUCUGAUCGAUGCCGUGCGAUGACUCACUGUCGCCGCCGUAUAAUACACCGCUAUGUGAGCGGAGAUUAGUACACACCACCUACUCGUUCUCCAUACGGAUGGCGACUCAUAUAGUAAGAGCCAAGGAACCGACCAUCCUCCAAUGGCAGUCUUACUACAGCUUAUCUCCCGAUGACCUCUUAAUAGGCUUCAAAGUAAGGAAGCACUUCAGGACCUGCGUUGGAUUAAAGAACUGAGCGUAGAUAUUGUGAACCUUGCUAAGGUCGACACUGCACACAUCGUGCCGGGUGCUAUCGAUAUCGGACGAUUUGAUGAUGCGCUUGCUAGAACCCUACAGGCUUAUCCGGUCCAUGCUGGUCGUAUUGUACGCCCAACAGACCCAAAGGAUCCGUGGAAGGUAUGAUGGCAUAUG